AUGCUUUACUUGAUUGGGUUGGGUCUAUCGUACAAAUCGGACAUCACAGUUCGUGGUUUGGAAGCGAUUAAGAAAUGUUCUAGAGUUUAUUUGGAACACUACACAAGUAUCUUAAUGGCUGCUAGUCUAGAAGAACUAGAGGAGUACUAUGGUAAAGAGGUUAUCUUGGCUGAUAGAGAGUUGGUCGAAACCGGCUCCAAGCAAAUUCUGAGUGAUGCUGAUAAAGAAGAUGUUGCAUUUUUGGUCGUCGGUGAUCCAUUCGGUGCCACUACACACACAGAUUUAGUCCUUAGAGCUAAGCGUGAAGGAAUCCCUGUAGAAAUUAUCCAUAAUGCAUCUGUGAUGAACGCUGUAGGUGCAUGUGGCUUGCAGCUAUACACUUUCGGCCAAACAGUAUCUAUGGUUUUCUUCACUGAGAAUUGGAGACCUGACUCAUGGUACGACAAGAUCUGGGAAAAUAGAAAAAUCGGGCUUCAUACUUUGGUGUUGUUGGAUAUCAAGGUCAAAGAACAGAGCAUUGAGAAUAUGGCUCGUGGGAGAUUAAUCUACGAGCCCCCAAGAUACAUGUCCAUUUCUCAAUGCUGCGAACAGUUAUUAGAAAUUGAGGAGAAAAGAGGAACAAAGGCAUACACUUCAGACACUCCUGUCGUUGCCAUCAGUAGAUUGGGUUCAAGCUCUCAAAGCUUCAAGUCUGGCACCAUAAGCGAAUUGGCGAAUUAUGAUUCUGGUGAACCAUUACACUCGCUGGUCAUCCUGGGUAGACAAUGCCAUGAGUUAGAGCUGGAAUACUUGCUAGAAUUCGCCGAUGAUAGAGACAAGUUCGCCAAAGAUGUGAUGAAAGACCAAGAGUAUUUCAAGCCUGCAGCAUGGGUUCCACCUACAGAAGUCAAUGACGACGAGUAA